ACUCUUCUGAGGCGUAGCAUUGGUCGUUACAAUUAUCUGUUGUCGAAGCCAAGCGUGAAUAUACAUGUAUGGCGGUGACAUGGAAUUGAAUCAAACUUUAGGCUUAUUGAUAAUCGCAUUUUCACCAAGCAAGGAUUUUAAUUUUUUUUUUUUUUUUUUUUUUUUUUUUUGAUUUAUCAUUUCAACAAGCACGGUACAGGCAAAGGAUAGGUGUUGUCACGUCUACAGCGUUAUAUAUGUUCGUCUUCAAUGAGAUCUUCAAUUAGCAGUCAGACACGACCGUUUUAACAAUAAAUGAGUCAGUUUCAGCCUGUAUUGGUGGACGUACUCCCUUGGUGCUGAAGCUAGUUGAAACUGUCAUACAUAAUGCGAAAAACAAAGACUAUAUCGAUCGAUACAAACAAUAAAGCGCAAACAUGUGAUCAGAAUUUAGAGAUCAACGAUCUCGAUCACGGUAGCCACUUGACUAACGAAAACAAAUUCAGAUAAUAUCUUUUGUUUCUGAACGAUACUUAGCGUCAAAAAUCGCAUACGAGCUUCAGUCCGAGCCGCCUAAGACAAGACAAGAUUACAAUUGUAAGAAACUUGAUAUCAUAAGAAACAUUCAGGAAACGAAAUGGACAGCAGAUACCGUGCAUACUCGAAAUCGUUUUAAUCGAUAUACUCUACUGCCCUUACACUGUGUGUUGUCGUCCUAAACAGCCUAAUGUCUGCAUUCUUUUGUAACAAAUUGCGGUUUGACUAAAAAAAAUUAAUUAUCUCCAGCAGAACUCCGGAUGUUGCAUGAUAAUCUGUGAGGAAAAUGCUAACCAAACGGAUAAAUAGUGUACAGUGAGCCAACUGGCAAAAUGCAUUAUCUUCCCUUGUGACCGCACCAUCGAGAUAUCAGAACAGCCGUUCUUUAACUGGAUCCAUUCGAACCGCUCAUGGCGUCACAAGCAAAUUUUCACAGGUGGACUACAACGGAGAAAUCAAUUUUAGCAACGACGCUUGGAAUCAUAAUUAUCUUUGGAGUUUGCGGAAACUUGCUCGUUAUUAUCGCUAUUCUCCGAUUCAAACGACUCCGUCACUCUGUAAACAGCUAUUUGAUAUUAAAUCUGGCGAUAAGUGACUUCCUAACAGCUUUCCUUCUCAUGCCGUACCAUAUGGCUACCGUGCUAGACCUUAGCAUCAUCGCAGACGAUGGAUUACUUUGCAAAGUCGGAGGAAUCUUAUCAUAUCCGUUCUACAUUUCUUCCACUGUAACACUGGUCAUGUUGGCCAUCGAAAGACACAUUGCUGUGAGCGAUCCACUAAGGUACAUAAGUCGUGUCACCGCGAAAACGAUCGCCAUCAUGGUUGCUUACUCUUGGCUUCAGAGCGUCUUGUUCGUCUUACUCUUCGCCUUCUUGGGCAAUAUAGAGUUUUCUACACAAAGUUUAGACUGUGGUGUGGUCUGGGAAGGCACUCCGUUGUGGCUCAGUGUUUUUGCGUUAUUUAUGAUCAUUAUUUUGCCAUUUUUAAUUCUGCUGAUAAUGAGUCUGCGAGUUAUGGUCAUCGCUUUGAGGCAGAAGAGAAGAAUAGACAUCGAAAGAUUUGGUGUUAACCGAACAAACAGAAAAAAGAGCAUAUUUCCAGGUCUCGAGGGCAAGGCUACCGUCGCCAUAUUAGUUGUGAUUUUUGUUUUCCUCAUUCUAUGGAUACCAUUCCUAAUCACUCGUGGACUUAUGGCGGUUACCCAGAUUAGCAUGCCGCCAAUAGUGACCACUCUAGUUGUAUGGAUUUUGCAUUUAAACUCUGUCCUAAACGUCGUCAUCUACACACUGCGCAGGUCUGACUACAGACGAGCAUUUGUGGCCGUCAUGCGCUGUAUAUCGUUAUCAAGAUCACGUGACAUUGAGCGUACUGCGACGUUAGGAACCGAUUUCGAGCUCAGUGUUCGAGGGGUCAAUUCAGAACGCAAAUCUGUGGUGAUAGCAGAUAUAAAGAGCUCUGCUUCUACAAUAGCGGACGUUGGGUAAAGGAACAUACCUACAAUUCUGUGAAGUAUGACCACGGGCUCCUUUCUUGAAAGUCCCGGUAAAUAACGUUAACAGUCACGAAAAGCUGUUUUUUGUUUGCCGCGUUUACGUUCAAGAUCUAGAUAUUAAUAGUUUUGAAAUUGAAACGAUAAAAAUAUCAGAAAACGAAACAGAAUGGACUGGUUUUAGCUAAAACCCGCACCACUAUUCCGUUUUUUCAGUCAAUGCAAAUUAGAAAGAAAUUGUUUUACUUUCCAAGAUUAACACUUUGACACUGUUUAAGCAAGUAGGUCGUUAGAUUAUAAGACGACGACUCUAAGAUGUCUAAUAAAAAAAAAGUGAAUGAACAUUUUACUUCCUGUCAAUGUGCUAUCAAUUUUCUCUCUUGUAAACUCCUCCAGCCUCUUUCGUAGACUCCCUCUUUAAGUUUAAUAUUUAAUUAACCCGAUCCCUUUCUAUUACAUGUACGUCCACUCACUUUGUCUCUUUCACUCUAAUUUCGUGCGGUGAGGUGUAAAAAUCAUCCCGUUAAAGUGAUAGUCUCUCAGCUAGCUUUUUUGAAAUAAUAACCUUUUCUUCCGUUUUUUCCUCAUGUCACCUCAUCCAGGAGAGUGGGCUCGAUACCCCUCCUAACACAGCCGUUGUUAAAAGACGAAGACACACUAUAUGUGAGUUUGUUUAGGGAAGGUGAAAAAGAAAUUGUUAAAGAAAUACUAAAAUGUAGUUUAGUUAACUGCGAAGAUAUUUUCAAAGAUGGCUUUUAAAAAAAUCGA